AUGAUGGCGUCCGUGGUCACCGGGGGCAACCACCAAAAGUCCCUGACGCUGAGAGGAGUGGAUCCAGAGACCUGCAUGAUCGUCUUCAAGAACCACUGGGCACAGGUUGUGAAGAUCCUGGAGAAGCACGAGCAGAGCCGCAGCAGUUCUGGAGCCCUAGGCUUCCUGUCGGGUCACAUGACCGGCGGCGGCAUGGCGCGUGUGGGUGCGAUCCCCGCAGACGAGGCCAGUGCGGUUCAGAACUACGUGGAACACAUGCUCUUCCUGCUCAUGGAGGAGGAGGUGGGCCAAGGUGGCGCUAUGGGUCCGAUCCUGGAGCUGGUGGUGGUGGAGGGGGUGUUGGAGCGACUCUUUCUCUGGAGUCUAAGGAGACAGUUCACGGAGGACAUGAAACUGGAGCAGCUGCGGAUGUAUCAGAUGUUGCUGUCCCAGGCUCGACAGCCGCUGCUCCACCACAAACCAGUGCUGAGGCCUCUGAUGAUGCUGCUGGCCUCCUGCGCUGGGGCCCCGACAGACAGAGGAGGCCUGGUGGAAUCUGAGCUCGUGCUGCUCUUACAUCAGCUCUGUGUGGUUCUGGUGAAGGAUCCGUCCGUCCUGGAGCUGUUCUUCCACACCAGCGAAGACCAGGGGGCCGCCAACUUCCUGCUCUUCUCCCUGCUCAUACCAUACACACACAGACAGGGGCUGGUGGGGCAACAGGCUCGGGACUCUCUGCUGCUGAUCAUGUCUCUGUCGGCCUCAGACCUGCGCGUGGCUCAACACAUCGCAGAGAACACCUACUUCUGUCCGGUUCUGGCCACAGGUCUGUCUGGACUGUACUCAUCUCUGCCGGCUCGACUGCAGGUCUACAGCGAGGACUGGCACUGUCUGGAGCCUCACGACUGGCAGCAGGUUCCAGCCCUCGUUCACUUCCUUCACUCUUUGGACUUCUGCAGCGCAGUGACAAAGGUGGCUCAUCCGUCCAUUCGAUUCCAGCUGCUCAGUUACAUCUACAACGGAUUUCUUGUGCCUGUCCUCGCUCCUGCUCUACAUAAGUGUACGGUGGAGGAGGUGAUGACCACGACAGCGUAUCUGGACCUGUUCCUGCGUUCCAUCCAUGAGCCGGCUCUGCUCCAGACCUUCCUCUCCUUCAUCCUGCUUCACUCUCACGACGAGGUGCACAUCCUGGACACGCUGGUCAGCCGCGUCAACACCCCCUUCCAGUUGGGGACUGUGUCUCUGGCUCUGUUCCGGACUCUCAUCGGUCUGUUCUGUGAAGACGUGAUGCUGCAGCUCGUCUUCAGGUUCCUGGUGCCCUGCUCUGGCCUGAGUCUCCUCACAGACUGCGGCUCCAGCGCUGAGAGUCUCCUGAGGCUCAUGCCGUCCUGGUGCUCUCAAACACACAGCUUUCUGCAGCCAUCGGAGCUCGUACACUGGCCCAAAGGAACGCAUCCCUUGGUGUCAGAUGUUGUCGGCUUCUGUCGUAGUUCAGAUAUUUUGAUGGACGUAAACUACCUUCACUAUCUGUGGGACGCACAGCAGGCCAUCUCCACAGCUCACAGAGCGUGUGAGCUGUGGUCGGCUCCGUACGACGGCCUGAACCCCUCCUCGGACAGUUUCCGCUGCGACACUCCUGGAAUCUUCAUCGAGGACGACAGUGACGACAUUCCUUUCCCGCGCCCCGAAAGCAGCUCCGUUUGUUCUUUAGCCAUGUCCCCUAUCCCCCCUCUGCUCUCCCCCACCCCGUCCUCCAUCGACACCACAUCCACCAGCAACCAGGCCACUCGAUCCAGCUCCGCCCUGGAUCUGGAAUGGGACGAGAUGUUCGACGAAGAAUCUUCAACCCUCGCCAAUAACAACUACUCGGACGAUUCGCAAACCGGCUUGGCUCAAAACCCUCCAAAACACAUCCAGGAAAUGAGACGGAACGCCAUCAGGCUCGUCCACGGAUCCUACGUGGAGGAGGCCGAGUUCGAGGAAGACGUCUUGGUCUACGAUCUCGUGGCGCAAAAAGACAUCAAGGCCGCUACUAAAAUACACGUCGAUCGAGAGAAGACUCCAAAAAUGAAGUCACCGGUGAGAAAUACGUUUGCGUCUCUGUUGACGUCGACUGGAAAAAGUGUUUUGGAAACGGUGAACAGCAUCAUGUCGACGAGAAGACGUAGCGAAGACACGGGAAAGGAUGAAAGAAUAAAGAUCGAAGUUCAAGACCUGCCCAAAAGCCACUAUGUACUCACCAACGGCUUCAGUGGGAGCAAUAACAUUUUUGAGAUCGACAUCAAAAGCGAUUGUAACAUGCUUUAUAGGAAUAACGUCAACAACGUAGUCAAACCGGUGGAGGACGUGUUGUUGAACGGACACCACGAGGCAAAAGAGGAAACUCCGCCAACAGUGGUUCAAAGUGAGGUUAGCAUUAGCAACGAUAGCUUCAUGUUUCAGUACGAAGAGUUGAUGCGGUCGUUAGGCGUGGAGCCAGACGUGGAGGAGUUCACGGACGACAUCGGAUCGUUCAGGAGGAGAGUGCGAGCGCUGAGGAGGAAGCUACAGCAGGAGGAAGAGGAGGAGGUGAGGCUGUGCGAGGAGGCCCUGGGCUGGGACAGCGGCGGAGACACGGAGGAGAGGGAGCGAGACGAGGAGGCCAAAAACAAUGCGACCAACGGGGUAGCAUUCACAGGUCCGUUCGUCAGCGUGCUUCUGUCUCGUCUGGAGAAUCUUCUGGAAAACUCGAUUGCUGUGAAUCUGUUGGUGACUGGGAUCCUGGCUCAGCUGGCGUCGCACCCACAACCUCUUCUCCACAGCUUCUUACUCUGCACCGAGACGCAACACACACACUGCAACACACGCACACUCUACCAGGUCCUGGUCUCGGUGCGUGAGCAGAUCGAGCGCUUCCUGACGCACACUCCGGAAUGUGCAGCGCUGGUGUCUGAGGCCUGGAGGUUUCUGCUCAUCAAGGAUCAGGACAAGAAGAUCAGAGAGCUGCUGCAAUCGGCCCCAGACUCCUCCUCAGACGGGCCUCUCCCAAACGGCUCAGUGGCCCCCUGUGCCCUGGUUCUGCCCCCCUGCCCCGCCAUCCCGCCACAGGCACAGAGCCGCGUGUUCGCCAUGGUCCUGUUCGCCGAGUUCCUCAAAGAGCUGGCCGCCAUCGCACAAGAGCACAGCGUCGGCCCGGAACGCCACGGAGAACACACCUGA